CGGGUUGGUGGCUGCAGCAUCAAGCAGCCUCCGCAGUGGCAACAUCAUCCACAACAGGUGUAGACAGGUCCCACCUGACUCUGCCCUGGAAAGUCCUUUUGAAGAAAUGGCCCUGGUGAGGGGCGGCUGGCUGUGGAGACAGAGCUCCAUCCUCCGCCGCUGGAAGCGGAACUGGUUUGCCCUGUGGCUGGAUGGAACCCUCGGCUACUAUCACGAUGAGACCGCGCAGGAUGAAGAGGACCGUGUGCUCAUCCACUUCAACGUCCGUGAUGUGAAGGUCGGCCAAGAGUGCCAUGACGUGCAGCCCCCGGAGGGCCGGAGCCGAGAUGGCCUGCUGACCGUGCACCUUCGGGACGGCUCCCGCCUGCACCUGUGUGCGGAGACCCCGGAUGAUGCCAUAGCAUGGAAGACAGCACUGAUGGAGGCGAACUCCACCCCGGCCCCAGCUGGAGCCACAGUCCCUCCCAGGAGCCGCCGGGUUUGCCCCAAGGUCAGGUGUGUGACCCGCUCGUGGAACCCCUGUAAGGUUGAGAGGCGGAUCUGGGUGCGCGUCUACAGCCCGUACCAGGACUACUACGAGGUGGUGCCACCAAAUGCGCACGAAGCCACGUAUGUCCGCAGCUACUAUGGGCCGCCCUAUGCCGGCCCCGGCGUGACGCACGUGGUAAUGCGGGAGGAUCCUUGCUACAGCGCGGGUGCCCCGCUGGCCAUGGGCAUGCUCGCGGGGGCCGCCACGGGCGCAGCGCUCGGCUCGCUCAUGUGGUCGCCCUGCUGGUUCUGAGCCCUGGGACUCAGCGCGGAACCCUGACCUGCCUCUGCGUGGACCGCUAGACCCCUCUUUUUCCUAGAUCCCACUUUCCAUCCCCGCAGCGACCCACAUUCCAAUCCCUGCUCCGGGAAUUGGCCCCUUCUUUUUUCCUUCCCUACCCCCUCCUAGAAGCUUGGACCACCGCCUCCUCCCCCUUCCCCCACACACAAAGAAGCUGUCGUUCACAGGCACCAUCAUCUCCCAAAACUCUCCUACCUACUGCCAGACAGCCUAGAAAUCCCUUAAGGAAACAUAUGGCUGUAUUUCCCCCGUACACACUAGGGCGCAACAAACAUAACUCAUUUGGCUUCAACUUCUCCAGGCGCUGGGGACAUGCUCCCUCCUCCGGGAGCUGCAGGCCUGGUGGGAAAAACAGAAGUAAACACACUUGACAAGUGAGUCGUCGGCCCUUUAACAGGGAUGUAUGGAGGCAGGGAGCGAGGCAGGUAGGCUAUGAGUACUGUCGUAGAUAAGGGUGCAGAGCCGUGAACGUCAUGGCAUGUCCUGGGAAUUAAGAGGGAGUUCAGCUGGGCUGGGAUAGGCCUCCAGGCUAAAGAGCUUGCUGGGUAAGGAGGAUCCGAGAGCUUUCUAUGGAAGGUUGUUUCAUGAUUGCAUCUAUUAUGUAUUGCCUGUUUAAUUAAUACUGACACAUACUGAUACACAAACCACACCCCCAGUUUAUUCCACCCUUCUCACCACCAGUUUCCUGGGUCCUCUGUUCCUUCAGUGCUCAGAGCUGUUUGGGACCUCCAGCCCUACCUAUGAAGUUGCUUCCAUCAGGAGAUGACUUUCUAGUUCCCAGAGCCUGGCCAUCUGUCCAUAGCUGUGGCUGUUACCAUCUCAGGCUUAGUCUCUUCCUUCACUCUAGGAAACAUGGAGGUGUUCCUUUGGGAGAAUGGCAGUGUUCACCUCUGGGGCUUGAUCCACCUUUCCCCAGCCCAGGAGGUCCCAUGUGUGCCUAAUGUAGGUGGCCCAGCAGUCCAUUUUGUCACCUCCCAGUCCCAUCCCCCAUCCUGUCCCCACCACCAGUAGAAGUGCUAACAUACCUGCCCAGUAGCCAGAGUAGUCUACUAAAGAUUUUCUGUAGACGGGGGCUCCACCGGCUCUGCUGCAGAGACUAAUAAAGGUGUGGUUG